AUGCGCAAACUGCAAACACGACUCCUCGCGAUCCGUCUGGGCUCUGGUGCAAUCGUCCUUCCGAAAGAUGUCAAGCGAAUACACCUGAGCUUCGCGCCGAGGAUGAAUGGAGGACACAUGGGAGCACGAAAGUUUUGGCGGCACGAGCUCGUUCGGAUGAAAUAUCACAACCCUUCAGUACCCAUGAGCGUGGAGCGAUCAGAAUCACAAGACGGCCCAGCCGUAAUGUCGGUACAUUUUGCUGCGAAGGAAGGCGAGGCGAGCGAUCGGAUCGAGUCGAUCAACAUGAAGAGCUACACGAAUUCCGAGAUACUGGACGCCUUGAUAAACUUGACGAAAGCAACAUCCAUCGAACCUACCGCAGAGGACCGAGAGACAUUAGCGAAGUUGCAAGAGCAGCAGGUGGCCAGUGAAAGAGAUAGUGAACGAGCGCUGGAGCUACGGGCGAAGCAAAAGCGGGAGCAACAGAUAUUGGAGCAGGCAAGAGGUGAUGUGGCAUCACAGGCAGCAUGAGGAAAUAGACAGCAAUUUCGGAGAAAACUGGGAUGUACAAAGGGUCGACUGGGCGGUUUUGAUUCAAUGGCGUGGCGUAUGGAGCAUAUCGUGGACACCACAAAGGACAGGACACCUCGCUGUAUAUCAUAUGAACGUUUGCAUG